AUGGAUGGAAAACCGGAACUCAAAGAGGAGCUUGUCAACUACAUUUUGAUGAAGAAGUACGGGAGAGAGCCUGCAGACCCCCCGGUGUAUUAUAAUGCAUUGGAAAAGGUUCCCAAGGAGGCUUUUCCUCCAGGUGUAGCAGGUGCUCUCGAAUCCUAUUCCAUAGGAUUUGGCCGUGAAGAGGGAAUAGACUUUUUGGUAUCACUAAACUCUCUUGUAGACAAGAUCGAUUCUGACGAGCUGAAAGACAUUAUAUUUGGAAUGAUUAACAUAAACCAAGUUCUCACCAAGCUCAUGAAGGACAAGAAGGAGAUGGAAAAGUUUCCUGACGUUUGCAAGAUGUAUUUUGAGCAAUUCAAAGCAAACAAGUGCUUGCUUAAGGACUUUAACGCUGGCCGCAAUAAAGAGCAGGGGAAUCUUGAUAUAGACGGGCCCUCCGGAGAUGUUGUGACAAGGUUCCCCCCUGAGCCCAACGGGCGUCUUCAUAUUGGACACGCAAGGGCGGCGCUGCUGAACUGGUAUUUUGCAAGCAAAGGAAAAGGCAAGCUCCUAGUUAGGUUUGACGAUACAAACCCCGAGAAGGAAGAAGAGAAGUUUGAGAGAGGGAUAUUGGAGGAUCUUAACCUUUUGGGAAUCAGGGAAUACACACUUUCGCACACCAGUGAUUACUUUGAGAAAAUAAUAGACUUGGCCUUUUUCUUGAUUGAUGAGGGAAAGGCUUAUACAGAUAACACUCCGCAAGAGGUAAUGAGGGACGAGAGAGGAAAAGGCAUCGAGUCGAAGUGUAGGAGCACAAGCGCAGAAGAAAGUAGGAGGAUAUUCAAGGAGAUGAUUGCGGGAAAGGCUUCUGGAUACUGCUUAAGGGCAAAAAUCGACAUGUCUAACUGCAAUAAGGCCAUGAGGGAUCCUGUUAUUUUUAGAAUGAACGUAUCUCCCCAUCACAGAACGGGAGACAAGUACAAAGUCUAUCCUACAUAUGACUUUGCAUGCCCUAUAGUUGACAGUCUCGAGGGGGUUACAUUAUCUCUCAGAACAAAUGAAUACAGAGACAGAAAUCAGCAGUAUUACUGGUUUAUUGAUAAUCUCCAUCUUAGUAAUAGACCCAAGAUCCACGACUUCUCGAGACUCAACUUUGAGAACACUGUCCUCAGCAAAAGAAAGCUUAAGUACUAUGUCGACAAUGGGUUUGUGUCUGGAUGGAGCGACCCAAGGCUUGCGACGGUUGCAGGAAUAAAAAGGCUUGGAAUGAGCAUGGAGGUUCUUAGAGAGUACAUACUGAUGCAGGGGGUCUCCCAAAAGACCUGCACCAUAUCCUGGGACAAGGUCUGGGCAAUGAAUAAGAAGAAGAUGGAUCCAGUUGCACCAAGAUAUUUCUGUGUCCAGCAGAGAGAUGUUGUGGAAGUGUACAUUCAAGGCGUGUCUGAGUAUGUGAUGGAAGUUCCCAAGCACAGGAAGAAUGGGAAUCUUGGGGUGAAGGAGGUUUUCUAUUCGAACCUGAUAUUGCUUUCUCAGGAGGAUGGCAAAAUACUUGAGGAGUCUGAGGAGUUUACGCUGAUGAACUGGGGAAACGCGAUUGUAAAGAAAAAAACUGUUGUGAAUGGGAUGGUUACAAGGAUGGAGGUUGUUCUGAAUCCCGAGGGAGACUUCAAGCAGACAAAAAAUAAGAUAUCUUGGGUUUCUAAGAGAGGGUCGGUAAUUGUCGAGCUUGCCGAGUACGGCAACCUUAUGAAUGACGAGGAUACCGAGGACCUGUCUAUGAAGUUCAACAAGGAUUCCGUUAGAAGGGAAUAUUGGUAUGCAGAGUCAGCAGUAGCAAAUAUCAAGGAAGGCGAAGUGAUACAAUUUGAACGAAAUGGCUUUUAUUAUUGUGACGGGUUUUUAGUAUUUAAUCUACUACCCUUUACUAAGCAAAAAAGAACAUCCAAUUAA